AUGAGUAAUAGAGCCAGUGAUGCUGAGAAGGGCGUCCUCCAGAGUACAGCUAAAAUUAGUCUCGAGGCAGCUUCCAGUACAGCAUCAGAUACCCUACCGGCACCAGGCUCACUCCGCGAUGUUGUUCGACCACACAAGUCCUACGAAGGUUAUGGUCACUGGAAUCCCACUUUCGAAUGGUCUGCACAGGAAGAAAGCAGGGUCGUUUGGAAGAUCGACCUCUACCUCCUCACGGCAUUGUGCUUCAUGUUCUUCGGUCUACAACUUGAUCGAGGAAACCUGUCCAAUGCAUUGACGGACAACUUACUCAAAGAUCUUGGAAAUCUCUCAACUAACGACUAUCUCGUGUGCUUUCUGGCGGCAGAGUUCCCCGUGCAAUUGCUUACUAAGAGAUUUGGAUUCCGUCGAGUACUACCCAUCCUCAUGAUGAUGUGGAGCACAGUCUCCUGGACUCAAGCAUGGAUGCAUGAUCGCACAACUUUCUACAUUACAAGAGCGCUGAUCGGUGCGUGUGAAGGAGGCUUUAUUCCGGGCACGAUCUUGUUCGCUACCUACUUUUACAAAUCGCGAGAAUUGGGGACUCGUCUCGCGGUCUUCUGGAGUACCCUGAACAUUGCUCGCGUGGUAUCCGCGCUACUCGCUGCUGGUAUCUUGGAGAUGCGCGGUGUCGGUGGCAAAUCCGGAUGGUUCUGGCUAUUCCUGCUUGAGGGUCUGCUCACUUUCGCGAUCGGAGCCUUUUGCUUCUUCUAUCUGCCACAGUCACCAGUACACACCAAGAGUGUAAUUUGUCCAAAGCCGUGGUUCACGGAGCAUGAGGAGAAGAUUAUGAUCAAUCGACUACUUCGAGACGACCCAGCCAAAGGUCUCACAGCUAUUAAAGAGCCGGCUCGCCUUAGCGACAUCUGGGAUGCAUGGACCGACAAAUCGAUGUGGGGAAUGUAUCUCCUUGGGCUUAUUGCGUACAUUCCUGCAACGCCUGUUCAGGCAUACCUCGGUUACAACUUGAGAGUCGUUGGGGGCUUCACAACCUUUCAAUCCAACAUGCUCACCACAGUGUCGGCCAUUUGUCAAGUCGUUACCAUGCUAGCUCUUGCGAAGUCGUCUCAGUGGUUCAACGAGAAGACUUGGCAUUGCUUCUUUGGCGAAUUUUGGAUCCUUCCAUGUCUAAUCGCGCUUCAGACCCUGCCGGACAAGAACAUGCCAUGGGAGCGCUUCACUCUUGCCACUUUGACAGCUGGCUAUCCAUACUUCCACCCAAUACUAUCUGCAUGGAUCUCUGAGAACAGUUUUAACGUCAAGAAGCGGGCACUUACUGCAGCAACGUACAACGUCAUCGUACAAGUAGGCAGUCUCAUCGGCUCUCAGAUCUACCGCGCAGAUGAUGCGCCAUACUACCACAGAGGAAACAAAGUCCUUAUCUCAUUCUGCGCAGCAGCUCUUGCAGGAAUCGUUGGACAGAGUCUGUGGUUGCGGUUGUUGAACAGGAGGAAGGAGCGAGUUUGGUCGAGCAUGAGCGAAGCUGAUAAGGCGCAAUACCAGGCCGAUAAUAAGGCGCGAGAACAAGAUGGGAAUAAGAGACUCGACUUCAGGUUCGCGUAUUGA